AUGUCAAGGUCAAGGCUUGGGUGUUUAUUAAUUCAUCAAAACGUAAACAACGCUGCUACGGCUUAUAGUAGCUUAGGUUACAUCAAUGAAUGUUUAAGAAAGAAAAAAUUAGCUUUUUCAUACUAUACACGAGGACUUCAUAUUUAUUUAAGAGCUGAACAUGUUAUUAGCUUGAAACAUCCCUUGCACAUAGCUAAUAGAAAGUUGACUAAUGAUGGAAACAGCGCAAGUUAUGAUUAUGAACAGAAAUUUCAAGAAUGUGAAAAAGAACUGUUAUUAAUCGAUCCUUUCGAUAAACCAAUUCCGGCCGGUCAAUAUAAUCGAAUUGGAAUGAUUCAUACUUGGAAAACGCGAUAUCAGACGGCUAUCAAACACUUUGAAAUUGCCACUCAAUUUGGUCUAGAAACGUUACCUCAAACAUAUCCUGAAUUAGCCGUUUGA